AUGGAUCUUCGUCGUAAAGCCGAUUGUCGAAAAUACAGAAAAUGGAAAGAGGAACGAGCAAAAGAAUCAAAGGAAACGAAGAAAGAAAUCAAAAAACGAAGACGCAGAAAACUAGUAACCGAUUGUAUCAAUGAAGGCGAGAUAGAAGAAGUUACGCCUAAAACCGUGAUGAAAGUGAAAUAUCGAAAAUGCAGAAAAAAGAAAAAGAGAAAGAAGUCAAAGAAAUUGAUUAGGAAACUCGUUAAACGAGUUUCGUUCGCAGAGCUAGUGUUAGGAUGUAUAAAACCCUCGAUAGAAGAGAGGGAAUUCCUUCUUAAUCCACGUCAUAUUGGUUGCCUAGGACUUAGUGUAUCUAAAGUGGAUAUUACAUCGGAAAGCCCAGCAACAAGCCAGACUUACACGAGCCAACGGAAAAGCCGCGGAAGGAAAAGAAUCUGUACAAAAUCCUGUACGAAAAGGUCGUCUCGUAGAGCCUUAGGAGAAUCGGAAUCAGAAGACAGUAAAUGCGACAGCAUUUGUUCCUUCGAUAAUCGCAUAUAUCUUGCAGGUGUAAAAUUAACAACAAAGGAUAAAGAGGAGAUGAAAAAGUAUCAACGCGAAGCUCAUCAAUCCAGUUCUAAAACAGAGAAUUAAUUUCCUUCUCCCAAUUACAGUCAUAAAAACAUAACAAAUGAG